AUGGCCGAUUCGCGCUCAGGGCCAGUCUCAUUAGCACGAUAUCGACCGAUCCUCUACCUCUUUACUGGUGUCGCUGCCGCUUAUGCGAUUCUCUAUGUUCACAAUAAUAUCGUUUCGCAGCCAUCAUCAUCAACUUCGCUCCGACGACGAAAUGCUGUGCGCCGGGCGAGACCAACCGAAGCUGAAGCACUCGGGGUCGCUGAUACUCCGUCCUAUCGAGCCAUUACCCACCUUGAGCAACUAGAGCGUCAGAAUGGUGUAUAUGGGACAUUUCGCAUUGAGACAGAGGAUGGGCGUCGCGUGGAGAGCGGUCUUCUUCCAUCACUCCUCGCAACACGAGACCAGUUGAUGGAAGAAGUUGGUGUCCCGCCUGCUCAUGCGGAGCGCAUGCGCGAGAUGAUGGAGGACACCUUUCUUGAAUCCUUCCUUGCACUCGAUUUCCCAUCUGCCCACACUCUCCCAGAGGAUACCGCUGAAAGAAGCUACUUGACAGAACAACUUCAACGCCGAGGCAUCUCCCGAGCUGGUAUCGAAAGGGCUCUGCUCAGGUUCAACGGAGAUGCGAAUUAUGGAGAGGAGCUGCGUCGGCGACGGCAGAAUGGUGAACGUGUCACUCUCUCAACCUCUACAUUUCCAGACGUGUCUGCGGCUCCACAAAAUCUUGAUGGUGGUGAGACGGUGGUGGACGACCAAAGUGUCUUCUCAUGGCGUGAUGGAAACAACGAUCCUUCUAAUAGGGAAGGUCAAAACCUGCUCAACCUACUUUAUCACAUUGCUGAGGAUCAGGCGCGAAGGGACGGCUAUAUCCAUCGUGGAGUUACUUGCAACAGCUGCGGUGCCAUGCCGAUUCAGGGUAUUAGAUACCGAUGUGCGAAUUGCAUCGACUAUGAUCUGUGUGAGACAUGCGAGGCAAUGCAGGUCCACAUCAAGACACACUUGUUCUACAAAGUGCGGAUUCCAGCCCCAUUUUUAGGGAGCCCUCGUCAAUCCCAGCCUGUAUGGUAUCCUGGGAAGCCUUCAAUGCUCCCGCGCAGCCUUCCACGCCCUCUUGCCAAGCGUCUUAUGAAAGAAUGCAAUUUCGAAAACACAGAGCUUGAUGCACUCUGGGAUCAGUUCCGCUGCUUGGCCAAUUAUGAGUGGGCGAACGACCCGAACAAGUUGCAUAUGGCUAUCGAUCGUAAAACGUUCGACCGAUGCUUCGUACCUAAUACUUCUAUCCGGCCGCCACCUCCCAGCCUCAUUUACGACCGAAUGUUCGCAUUUUAUGACACCAAUGGCGACAAUCUUAUUGGGUUUGAAGAAUUCCUGAAGGGCUUGGCCAGUCUCAACAAUAAUAGCAAUGACGAACGGCUACGACGUGUUUUCCGUGGCUACGACAUCGAUGGAGAUGGCUACGUCGAACGCAAGGACUUCCUUCGGGUUUUCAGGGCAUACUAUGCUCUGAGUCGCGAGCUGACAAGGGACAUGGUUGCUGGCAUGGAGGACGACUUCUUGGAGGGUGGAUCCCGUGAUGUGGUUCUCGGUAGCCAGCCUAUCAGCUCUGCGUUCCCUGGCAGGGACAUGGAAAUCAUCGACAACGAAGGAAUCUUGCGACAGGACGGAGACGAUACUGGCGAUCGACAUUCUGUCGUGGGCGAUGCUGCUGUCAGAGCACAGUUUAGUCGAAUGAGGCCAUUGUUCCCAUCUACACUGCGCCUGGCGCCCUCCGAGAACUUGGAUCCCAUAGAGCGUGCUGCCAUGGAGCGUGAGCAAAAUGACGACGAAGAGGAUGAAGAUGGUGCUAGCGAGAGUGGGUCAGACCAAUCCAGCUCAUCGGUAGCCAGUGGCGCCUGGCCCCCAGCUGAACACAUCCUCGAAGAAGAUAUCAUCGAGGCUCUCGGGUCCUAUAUUCCUGCUCGUGAAAUCACAGAUCCAAUUGAUCGGGCUCGCGUCGCGGAUGCCGUUUAUCACAGAAUGCGCGAAGAUGAUCAGAGACGUGUGUUUGACGCUCGUCAGCGUGGAAUCGACGAGCGCUGGAGGCGCCGGGCUUUCUACACGGACGAAGAAGAUGGCGCUACUGUUCCUCCGGGUUACGAAAGGGACCCUACCAUCGAUGACUCCAGCGAUGAAGACCUAGAUGAAUCCGAAUCGCGCCCGCCCUCUUUCCGUUCACGAUCCUCGUCCAAGGUGCGAUUCCAAGAUGAUCUCAAUGACGACGAGUACGACAUUCGGUCUAACCCAUCAACCUCGUCACGGAGUAUUCCUGUUGGUGAGAGAUGGGGCGGCUUUGAAAUUCCAGAGGUCGAAAGGGACGUCGGGAAAGAAAUCUUGUAUCAAGUCACACAACAGGGAUUCAAUGAGCUUCUAGAUAUUCUGUUCAAGCCAAAAGAGGACCUCAUGAUGGAGGUCUAUCGCACCCGGGCUGAUCGCAAGGUCUGGGCCCGCGAGAUUGAACUCGCGGCAAAAGAGGACCCAUCAAAACGCACACCAGCUGAGAAUCCUCCAGCUGAGGAGGAACUCGAGGAAAUUAUCAACGAGCAGCCACUUGAUGAUCUGUUACAGCGCGCUGGUUACGGAAUUCAGAGUCCAGUCCUGGCGCCUGCCAAUACCGGACCGGUGCUAGCUCCUUCCUCGCCAGAGGCCACCGCCUCAGAUGACGGUGAUGAAGAUGAAUAUGAAGAUAACGAUGAAGAUGUGCGACCAACUCAUCUCGCCGAUCCCGGAGAAGAUACUGGAUUUGGUCAAGAACGGCCUUUCGAGGAAUCCGACACAGCGUCCGCCACUUCGUCCGAUUAUGACGAUGUCUCCCACGCAUCUGGUGCGGGGCCAUCCAGCCUGAUUGUUGAAGACGAUACACUUUACUACGACCCAACCCUCCCCCACCAUCGUCCCGACGAGCCUUUCGUGACUCCGACCUCGAAGAAUCACCAACUACGAACACAACCCCUGGUCUCCCUGAUCAGUUCCGACUCCAACCCGGGAUCACCUCUCUUCCCGCCCCCUCUUCUCCCCACUCCUCCCCCAGAAGCCGAGUCCACGGCCCCCAAGCUUCCUCCUUCUCCUAUGCAACCACUCCCACCCCCUCACCGGGUCAAUGACCAACCUCGUGAAGCCCCUGCGCCACGCCGACCUUCGCCCCGGACUCUAGCCCGGUGGGUCUAUUUAGACCAGGUAGAACGUGAAAACAAGGAACGUGGCAACGGUGCGAGACUCAACUUUGAGGAAUUCUCACGCCGUAUGGCUGCUGACCGGGGACGUCGACUGGCAUUUGUGGCCAGUUGGAUUGAGAUGGCUAGCUUCUGA